AUGAAUGAGCCUUUAGUUGAUGACCAAGAUUUUCCACUUUCUGGAAUCGACAUUUAUGCGGUCACUUCUGCUAGAGGAAAUAUUAGACGUUUACAAAAUGAUCGAACCGAAAAAAUGGCAGAAAUUGACAGAAUUAUUGUUGCUAUACACAACCAUACUUCACAGAAUGGAAAUUCGGAAAAUAAUGAAGGAGAGUCAAGUGUGCAUCGUACAAGUAAUAAACCUAUUGUGCAAGUGGAUAAAGUGUCGCCAAAUUCGCCAGCACAAAAAGCGGGUUUGCGUGAAGGGGAUUUAAUUAUCCAAUUUGGUAAUUUGCAUGCGGAUGUGUUCAAUAAAUUGGAUCAAUUGAAGGAAGUUGUGAAUAAUUCGAAAAAUGUGAGGAAUUUAAAUUUAAAAGAGGGAACGGGGACUGAGAAAUUUAUUUAG